AUUCGUGAUUUUAAAAUUAUAAACAAAGGCAUUAGUUUUUAUUUCUGGAUCUCUAGACCACGAACAACUAGAUCUAGUUAAUCCUAUUAAAAAGUAACAGCCAAAAUACAUUUUAAGUUGUUUAUCGACGAUCUAAAUGUUUAUAUAGAUCCAUGCUACGUUAUUUUAAACAACAUAAUAGCUUGUUGAACCAUCAAUUUGUACUUGACUUCUAUCUUUAGCUUGUGUGAGUGUUGGAUCAGCAUUUCUCAGACGGCCGUAAGAUGGCAGACCUAGCAGCACCACGAUCAUCCCCAGUCUCCAUCACUGAGAACGACGCAGUUUCGGGCAGCGAGAAUGACGUAGCCGCUGAACAUGACGUGGUGGCAGUCACUGAAAAUGACGUGGUCAAAGUGACCGAGGGUGACGUCGAGUUGUCCGACUCGGUUGACCCGCCUCCGCCCGAUCACGUCAGGCAGUCGGUGCAGGAGGCUGACGUGGAGAAACAUUACGCGAAGCGAGAGACUUGGAGCCGCGGCAUCGACUUCCUGUUUGCCUGCAUCGGGUUCGCUGUCGGCCUGGGCAACGUCUGGAGGUUCCCGUACCUGUGCUACAAGAAUGGCGGGGGGGCGUUUCUCAUUCCGUAUUUUAUUGCUGUAUUUUUUGCCGGGUUCCCCAUGUUCUAUCUGGAGGUGGCGAUUGGCCAGUACAUGACGAAAGGUGGUCUACAGGCCUGGAACUUGGUGCCCCUGUUUCAAGGCGUUGGUUUGGCGUCGCUGCUGAUCAUCACGGAGCUAAACUGCUACUACAACGUGAUUCUGGCCUGGACAUUCUACUACCUCUUCUCCUCCUUCACCUCCGUGCUGCCCUGGUCUCACUGCAACAACGACUGGAACACGGAACACUGCACACACAACUUCUCCAUGUCCGUGCACGACGCCAGGUUUCAUUUGUUGAGAGAUCCGGUGGUGGAAUUCUGGGAAAACAAAGUCCUCGGUUUAAGCGACGGAAUAGACCAGAUGGGCUCUUUAAAAUGGGAUCUGUUUGGUUGUCUGUCGUUGGCGUGGUUCAUCGUCUAUCUGUGCAUACACAAAGGAAUCAGGAGUUCAGGGAAGGUGAUCUACGUGACGUCACUGGCACCGUACGUGUUCCUGUCCAUCUUCCUGAUCCGCAACAUGCUGCUGGACGGUGCCAUGGACGGGAUCUCGUUCUACAUGAAACCCAACAUGAGCAUGCUCACCAGUAGCAAGGUCUGGAUAGACGCUGGCACCCAGAUUUUUUUCUCCACCUCCGUCGGUCUUGGCACCCUGACGUCCCUCGGCAGUUACAACAAGUUCCACCACAACUCAUACAGGGACUCUCUGGUCUACACUCUGGUCAACUCAGGGACUUCCAUCCUUGCUGGGUUCGUCGUGUUCAGUGUCCUGGGUUUCAUGGCCAAACAGCAAGGCAAAGCUAUAGCAGACGUCGUGGGCUCAGGUCCUGGUCUGGCAUUCAUAGCCUACCCUAAAGCUGUCAUCCAGAUGCCAUUUGCCCCGUUCUGGUCGGUCUUAUUUUUUCUGAUGCUCAUCUUCCUCGGGAUAGAUAGCCAGUUUGUUGGUGUAGAAGCCUUCGUGACGACAUUCCUGGACCAGUUCCCCAACACACUCAACAGGAGCAAGUACAGCAGAGAGGUGGGCACAGCACUCGCCUGUAUCUUCAAGUUUUUGGUCAGCAUUUCCAUGUGUUUUCAGGGUGGGAUGUACGUCUUCCAAUUGUUUGACUUCUACGCUGCCAGCCGAAUCGUCGUAGUAGUGUGCCUAACAGAGCUCAUCGCUGUAGCGUAUGUCUAUGGAAUUCAUCGAUUCUAUGACAACAUUAUGAUGAUGAUAGGCUACUCCAGGUUCAGCAAGACGCUCCCCUUCAUGCUCGCGUGUUGGACGGUUAUAACCCCCAUAUUUUGUUUGGCAAUAAUUUACUUCACACUGACCGACUACGCUGAGAUUGAGUACAUGCGAGAAAACAAAGAGAUCUAUAAAUACCCGCAGUGGGCGAUAGCGAUUGGCUGGUGUCUGGCAGGAACCACCGCCAUCUGCAUCCCUAUUGGUGCACUGGUCAACUGGUGUAGAUAUGGUCUCACUUGGGAGGUGUUUAAGCUGAUGAUGGUGCCGUACCACCUGCACGAGCACCAGAUGAGGGAGCAGGACAAGAAGGAGAGGAACCUGCGCGCGUACAGACGUGAACGGAAGGGCGCGAACUCCACACCUGAGGUCUCCUCAAGUUCACCUGAGCCCUCCUUCUACGAAAUGGAAAGUCUUCGAUCCAGUCCCAUCUGACCCAUUGAGGUAAUUCAACUAAAGAGCGUGUUUAGAUACUUCACUACAGCUACCAUAUCAUGUUACCACUUGUAUUGUUACCAUCCCAUGUUACCACUUGUAUUGUUACCAUCCCAUGUUGCCACUUGUAUUGUUACCAUCCCAUGUUGCCACUUGUAUUGUUAUCAUCCCAUGUUACCACCUGUAUUGCCACCAUCCCAUGUUAUCAGCUGUAUUGCUCCCAUCCUAUAUUACCACCUGCAUUUCUACCAUCCCAUGUUACCAACUGUAUUGCUACCAUCAAACGUUACCACCUGUAUAACUACCAUCUCAUGUUACCACCCAUUUUGCUACCAUCCCAUGUUAUCAGCUGUAUUGCUCCCAUCCUAUAUUACCACCAAUACAUAUACCAUUCCACGAAUUACUCUCUUGUACUACCAUCACCCAUCCUACCGCCUAGCUUGUAUGAGAAUGUAAAACUAGUAUUGAACGUACGUAAAAAUA